AAGUAGAUUUCACUAGAUUUGAUUUUGAACAAACACUCUGUUCUUUCAUAAUCUGUCUGUUCAUACAUAUAGAGAGAAGAAGUAAAAGACAGUGAUGUGUAUCUUAAUUCGUACAUAUGAAUAUAUGAGAUAUCUCUUUAUCUUUUAGUAUAUAAAAUGAACAAACAACUCUGUUUUCCCACUUUUUCUUCCAAGUAAAUAAAUUUCUGGCUUCUUUUGUUUCUUCGUUUCGAUUAUUGGUAAGCGGAAAAUAGAGGAGAAAUGGCUAGGAACGGAGUGUUUUCGCGGCGGUGGAGGGCAGAGAAGCUGGAAGAGUUUGAUAAGUUGUGCCCGUCUUUGGUUUCUGAUGAAGUUCAUGUUCUUGCUGUGGAUGAUAGUUUCGUUGACCGGAAAGUCAUUGAACGGCUCCUCAAAAUCACAUCUUGCAAAGUGACUACAGUUGAUAGUGGGAGUAGAGCUUUGCAAUUUCUUGGAUUGGAUGAACAGGAAAGCUCUGUCCAAUUUGAUGCUUUGAAGGUGGAUAUGAUAAUUACAGAUUAUUGUAUGCCUGGAAUGACUGGCUACGAGUUGCUCAAAAAGAUUAAGGGCUCAUCGUUUAAGGAAAUACCAGUUGUGAUUAUGUCAUCCGAAAAUGUUUUGGCACGAAUUGACAGUUGUUUGGAAGAAGGUGCCGAAGAUUUUCUAUUGAAACCAGUGAAAUUGUCAGAUGUAAAACGAUUGAAGGAUUACAUGUUCAGCGAAGAUCGGUCUAGAACAGAAGCCAAAGGAAUGAACAAAAGAAAGUUGCCAGAAACAUCGUCUAAUGAUCCAUCAACGCCUACUAUCUUGCCUUUGACUUCAAUUGACACGGCAUCAACUCCUUCAUCCGAAUUCUGUUCCUCCCCCUCCUCCCCGAUAGCAUUUUCAUCGUUGCUCUCUGCUGAUUCAUCCUCCAAUUCUUCCAUGCCAUCCUCACCAGAUUCACCAACAAGACGAGUCAAAAUGAGCAACCAAAAUUUGUAACACCGUAUUGACUUACGUUUUUUUUUCUCCCCCUUUCCCCCUCAGCCCUCGGGCGGACUCUGUAGGGGCCUGUCAAUUUUUGGCCACUUACUGUUUGUUUUAACCACACAAGGUUUAUAAAUAUUUAUAUUACAGUUAAACCUUUCUAUAACAGUCAUCUUCUAUAAUAACAUAUCACUAUUACAGUCA